AGAAGCCAUAAAGAAAAAAAAAUGACAUUUGUCAACAAACAUGAACGGCGGUAGUUUUGCAAAUUAUGCGUUUUACCAAUAGUUACCUACCGAACAAAGAAUAUAGUACUCUCUCUACCGAACUUACUUUCUAUGUUACUAAUAAUACAGCACUAAUCGAUAUUUUUCAAUAGUUAUUGACGCUUGCAAUGGCCUCUGGCUAUAAAUCACAUAAAACUGAACUGGUGGCGAUAUACAGACUAGAGUUUUACAGAAAGCAAAAGAACUGGAAGUUUGCCCAUGAAGCUAAGAAAAAUGUAAAAACUCCUCGAUCUAAGUACACUGAACUAAGGAAGAGCCUGAACGAAACAUAUCAUAUAGAGACUGAAACCAACAAUGAAUCAUCUCCGCUUAACCAUGGCUUCCUGGAUGAUGCACCUGUUUUAUUAUCAGACAAACCAUUAGAGUGUCCAUACGUGUCAGCUUCCCCUGAUCAUGCGCCAAUGGAGGAGCUGCAACACAGCCUCCCCUGGCCUGCAGAUCAACAGUAUCUGGAGGCAGAAAGAGAAGACCCGCAGUAUCUGGAGGCAGAGAGGGAUGACCAGCAGUGGUGGGAUGGGAAUCAGAUUUGCGGUCCGAGCUGGUCCGAGCCGGUAGCAACGUCGCCACACCCUGGGAUGGAGCCCUGGGCCGCAUCCUGCGACUGUGUUGACGGGCCGCGCGAAUCGGCCAAAGAUGUGACACUGGAGGAGUUGGUGAGCGCCAUACAGACAUGCGGAAGUCUCGCUGACCUCUCUGGGCAGUGUUCAGAUCCACCAUUGUUGUGUCAGGAGUGCGCAUGCGCGGAUCACGACGCGUCGUCGGAGAGCCUCGCGGAGUUCAUCCGCGGCGCACACCUCGCGCCACACUCCUCCGAGGCGGACCUGCUGCUCGACACGCGAUGCGGUGCGUGUGAUACGUGCGACACGUGUGGCGUGGCGCGGCUGUCGCAGCGCGCGCUGGCGCAGGCGGUGCGGGCGCACGCGCGCAGUCUGCACGCGCUGCUGCGGGAGGCGCGCCACCGGGAACAACACAAGUUGUCCCGCACCUGCUGUUCUGAGCAACUGUUCCCGCUGCCGAUGGAGCCGGCGCAGGAGCUCCAGAGUCCACAGCCACUCAAACGUCAGGAUACCUUCACGGUGAGCUGCAGCAACGUGACCACGGGGGGAAGUGGGAGAGGCCGCGGCAGACUCCACAGGGACCACAUCAUAGGGAUAGGCAUGGGAAGACCGUUUCGAUUUACUUAGAUAUUAUGUUAAAUUAAGAUUCAGUGCCAAAUUUGGGAUAUUUAGUACCAAAAAUUACUGUUAUUAAAGUAAAGCUAUUUUAAUGUAACAUGACAAGGAGUUAUAAUGUGUUGGUGAUAGCAAUGGACACAGAUUUGGUCCAACCCAUGUUGUAGUCAUUUAUCGUCAUUGUUUUAGAGACUGUUAUAUCCUUUUCAUGAAUGAGAUUUCUGAAUUCGGCAGCGUAAUAUUCUCUUUGUUGAUAAGGCUACCAGGAUUUGCUAGUAUGAAUCCUUAGAACUAAAGUGACCUAUAUAAAAAUGAAUGUACAUUCCAUUUUGCCAAAUCCGAAAUUCAAAACCCUAUAUUUUUUGUUCGUCGUCGAUAUCUAUAUUCUUCAAGAUGUCCCACGGAAUAUUUAUACAAGAAGCCUAUUGCUGGUCAUAGGCUAGCUCCAAAUAUUUCUAGGCCAAUUUUGUUUAUUUAACAGCCUUUGAGUUAGGUCAAUUUAGUUUGCUCGGUUUGCGGGUAUUGAACUUAUGGGUGCCAGUAAAAUUAUACUACUCGGUACCUUUUUGAAGACGCUAUUCUGAAAUGAAUCUUUUUUUUAAUUUCUUUGAUUGAAUGUUUUUUUUAUUUUAUAAUUGAAAACUUCGUAUGUCUUGUUUAAAGAAAAUAAUAUAUAAUUAAUGGGGUUUUUGGUUUAUUGACUCUCAGAAGUCAAUAUUGUGAAAAUAAAACUGAAUUAAUCUCAAAAAA